GCCCUGACACCACACAACUCUGUGAAGUGGCUUGAAGGAAGCCGUCUACACUGUCUGGCAGGCCCUGAGAUACCCUGGUGACCAGUCCAGGGUUAAGCCCGCCUCUCGUCUGUGUCAGAUAGGACUGACUCUGGAUGGAUGGAGGUCUUUGGACUCUGGGAGGAAGACAGAGUUCCGGGAGAAAACUCACACAGACAAACUUCACACAGAAAUGUUAUAUUAAACUUGAAUUAUAAAAAAAUCUGGCACAGAACACAUGGGAGACUUCGAGCAGUUUGAGCAGGACUUCUACCAGACAGGAUAUUACACAGAUGACCAGGGUCAACCUGUGGCCUAUUACAAUAUCUACGAUCCCACAAGCCCUGAUUAUUAUGGCGUUGGGGAACAGGCUUCCAUGCCAGAUGCCCUGGAUCCUUCCAUGGAACCGUACACUGGACAGUUCUACCAUCCUGCCGUGUCUGCUGGUACUAGUGGAGGCACAGGGACAGAUUCUCUUGAAGAGGAGCCGCCCCUUCUUGAAGAACUUGGCAUCAGUUUUGAUCACAUCUGGCAGAAGACGCUGACAGUGCUGAACCCCUUCAAGCCUGCAGAUGGCAGCAUAAUGAAUGAGACUGAUCUGACAGGUCCGGUCCUCUUCUGCGUCACACUGGGGGUCUUUUUAAUGAUGGCAGGUAAAGUCCACUUUGGUUGUAUAUACGGGAUCAGUGCCACAGCCUGCAUUGGGGUGUACAUUCUGCUGAGUCUGAUGAGUACUGUGGCAGUGUCUUAUGGUUGUGUGGCCAGUGUCCUGGGCUACUGCCUCCUGCCCAUUGUGGCCCUCUCUGCAUUUGCUGUCUUCUACUCUUUGCAAGGAAUGCUGGGUACAGUUCUGGCCUUGUUAGUGAUUUGUUGGUCUAGUUUCUCGGCCUCCAAGAUCUUCAUCUCCACCCUCGCUAUGGAGGGCCAGCAGAUGCUGGUUGCCUACCCAUGUGCCCUGCUCUACGGACUCUUUAUACUGCUCGCUGUAUUUUAACUGGCACUAGAUACAACCCAGAGUAUUAUUAUUGUUAUUACAAUUAGUAUUAUUUGUCUGUUAAGACCUUGCAGGGGGAUUUACCGAGCAUUAUGUGGAUGACUGAAUGAUCUCUGUGUUCUUAUAAAUGAGGCAAAAAUGUAAAGCAUUUAUCUCAAUGUUCUAUAUACUUUGAUCUGUUUUUUGUCUGUUUUUUGUCUUUGUCGAUGUUUGUUUUAUUGAUUUAUGAUGUUAUAUUUAAACAUUGUGCUGACUGUA